GAAAUAACAACAUAUUUUCUUCAAAAUAAAAGUCAAUACCCUGUAUGCCUUAUUAAAAAGUAUGAACUUCAAUUAUUUUGUUUGAACGAAAAAAUCGAAAGCAAAACAUAAACACAUAAACAGAAAAAAACCAGAAAUGUUUCGUAUACAAAAAUUACUGCUUGAGGAAUUUCGUGAAAUUUACGAGCCUGUCAUCGUGGAGAAUCCAUUCACGCAAGUCACCGAUAAAGGGCUGGGUAUUAGACAAUACCAUAUAGGUCUCACACCUACGAAAAUCGUAUUCGGCUGCGACGAUUUUGAUCAAACCGAUCUGGAUGACGUCGGCUACCAUAAUAUGGAUCCGGAGAUCGAAACUUUCCAGUUGGUCAGCCUGUUGCCACUACAAUUUCUGCAAGUUAAGUUCUUUCGCAAACAGGGACGCUGCAUUAUGCGGCUAAGCAUUGUGGGCGACGAGGAUAAGCCGAUGUUCUUCGAAUUCGGCGGACACAUGUAUAAAAAUUUAUUCUGGAACACGUGGCGUGAGCGCAUCGCCACCAUACGUCUGGCGCAGCCCAUACUCUUUCACAUUUCCGGCUGCAGUCCGUUCUCAAGCACCGAUGUACUGCUCGAAGAGGAGGAGGUGCAGGCGCUGGUACAUUCACCGCCGCUUUCGAUUGCCAGUAAUUGCGUGAACUACAGCCAGCAAUAAAUUUUAAAGAGAGAUCAAUAUGUGGAUAUGAAAUACGAUCAUUUGCGUGUAUGUAUGUAUGUAUGUAUAUGGUUUUAUUACAAAGUUAUAAAUGUGAUAACAAUUGCUUAUGCUUAAGCUGCCUUUUGGAAAUAUAUAUUUUAUAUGUAUUAAAGAUACGAAAUAUUUAAAUGUA